CCCAGUAACACUGCGGUUGAUGUCCGGACUUGUAACUACAUUUCAGAGCAGUUCGGCUUUUGUUCGCGAGUUACUUUAAGCCCAGGAAAGACGGAGGAGCCGUAUUCAUGCACUUACACCGAGGAAAAUGAUCAUCUGUGCGCAAAAAAUGGAUUAUCGCUUUGGAACCCAGUGCCAGCGUGUCCGGAGUCAGGUGAUGAAGGUGAGCUCUGAUAAGGACAGUUCCUCUCCGUUGUGCAUGAAGGCUUUGGCCAGCAGGGGGCGCAUGGACACAGUAUCACAGCAAAUGGCCUCCCAUCCUCAGUAUUUAGAGAGCUUCCUGCGCACACAGCAUUACAUCCUUAACAUGGAUGGCCCUCUGCCCCAUCACUACCGCCACUACAUAGCCAUCAUGGCUGCGGCUCGACAUCACUGCAGCUACCUGGUGUCCCUGCACUCGGCUGUGUUCCUGCGGGUGGGAGGAGACCCGGUGUGGCUGCAAGGGCUGGAGUCUGCACCACCUCGCCUCCAGCAGCUCGACCACAUAAACAAAGUGCUCGCUCACCAGCCCUGGCUCACUGCUCGCUCCCACAUUCAGGCUUUGUUGAAGUCAGGUGAGCAGUGCUGGUCUCUGGCUGAGCUGGUCCAGGCUGUAGUUCUGCUGGCUCACUGCCAUGCACUCUGCAGCUUCGUGUUUGGCUCUGAACAGGACACACAACCCGGCCCGAGAGCGCCACAUGGAACGCCCCCAGGCUACUGCCUCUGUGAUGCUGCCAAUGGCAACGCCACCUUCCCACCUCGCAGGAGGUCUCUAGACUCCAGCUGUGACCUGGCAUGCCUACGAGAAGGAAUACACAAGUCACAGGAAGAGAAAGAGAGAAAAGGACAUGCAGGCCUUCAGUCUUAUACCCUCCUGCAUAUAGACAUGGACGAGCAGGAAGAAGAAGAGAUGAUGUGUUCGACAGACCCCUCCCGCUUCGUCAAGGACCCUGAUUUUGGCUAUCAGGAAUUCGCCCGGCAGGAAGAAGACCAUUUCCAAGUAUUGCGGGUGCAGGACUACUCGUGGGAGGACCACGGUUUCUCCUUGGUAAACCGUCUCUACUCGGACAUCGGGCAUCUGUUAGACGAGCGGUUCCGCAGCGUGGCCUCAUUACCGUCCCCUCGCAAUCCGGACCUCAAGAGAGCCAUCUGGAACUACAUCCAUUGCAGUUAUGGAAUUAGGUAUGAUGAUUAUGAUUACGGAGAAGUGAACCAGCUGCUGGAACGCGGACUGAAGCUUUAUAUUAAGGCUGUGGCCUGCUAUCCUGACUCCACUAAGAACCUUCUGUGCCCUCUGCCUUUAGUUUCUCUCAAAGCCUCAGAAAAGGUACACAUCAACCUGCUGGUGAUGGAGGCACGGCUGCAGGCAGAGCUGCUCUACGCACUCCGAGCAAUCACUCAGUACAUGAUCGCCUAGGACAGCAAGACACAUGCAGAGAGACAGCGAGAGAGACGGAGAAAGAGUUGCACAGUCACUUAUGGUACAAAAAAUAAAAAAUAAAAAAGGACCUUACUUGGGGCAAUGGGGAAAGGAAAUCCGUGAUUAAAAAAAAGACAGAGAGGACUUGUGAAGAGCAAUAUUUCUUCUUCUCCAUCUCUUGUGGGGUUUUGUUGUUGUUAUUGUUGUUGUUGUUGUUUUGUUGUUUGUUCUAAGGUUGCCUAAGUGUGACUUAAGGUACUGCUGUGAAGCGUUUUCAAGGUGACACUUGAAGGCAAUAACAAUCUUUAUUUCUCUGUCUCAACCUUUUCUUUUUUUUUUUGUAUGUUGUUCCCUUCAUUUCUUUUUAAGACCUCAGCUAUGUUGUGUGUGUGUGUGUGUGUGCGUGUGUGUUUGCGUGUGUGUGUGUGCGCGCGUGUGUGUGUUUUCUACUCUUCAGUUUGUAUAUUGGUUUUUUUUCCUAGAUUGUUCAUGUGCAAUUAUCUUUAUUCUUCUUCCUUGUAUUGUCGAGGUUCUUUUUGUUUUUUGCCUGUUGCUCCUCUGUUAACUGACAGUCGGGAAAAGGUGAAGAGCGUGUCGAUUUCGGUCCUAGAGUAUUGAAGGGUGCAAAAAAAAAAAAAAAAAGACAAAAGCAGAUGACUCGAACCUCUCCCGAAAUGGAGGGAAGGCAGUGUUUACUGAAGCUGAGACGAACAGACGAAUGUUGACGAAGCUCAGCAUGUUUCCUGAAUCUUUCAUUUGAAUUUAAGCUCAGAACAACAAGACAGCAGCCAACAUAGGAAAAAAAAAAAAAGUUAUGUGGCUAUAACUUUGUUUUAAUGGCACUUUUAAGAUUUAGAUUAAAAAAAAAAAAACCGUUUAUGCACAAAUUCUACAGAAUCUUGGACUGGUUUAUAACAACAGGUUGUGCUUCAGUUGAAAUGCCAGUUGUGCUGCUGGUGAAGGAUCCAGAGAACACAAAAUGGUAGUGAUUUUUGUGAAUCUGGCAGCACUUUUCAACCCAACUGGCUCAUUUUUCUUUUCUUUUUUUUUUUUUUUUUUUUUAGGAAUUUUACUGCAUAAGUUAGCUUAUGAUGUAGCCUACACUCCAUCCCCAACUACAACGUUUAGAAGAAAAAAAAAAAAAGAAGCUAAUGUUCAAUUCGUGGUUUUUAAUGUCAGUCUGUUCUGGUCAAAUGAAGGACAUUAUUAUUAUUAUUAUUAUUACUAUUUUUCCUGAUUUAUCUGCAGAACAUUUCAGUGAAACUUUGCCAUCUGUGAUACUUUAUAUAAUGCGAAGAAGGUCAAAGGUCAGGCCUGCUGUGAUGCUUCCUGUAACUGACCUGCACAACUUGUUUCCUUGCACUGGACUAUUUUGCACAGAACUGCAUAAGUGACCUGCAUUGCCUCUGAGCAGCUGUAACAGUUAUUGGAACAAAUGACCCGGUGAGGCCUCCGUUCACUGGUACCACGCUGAUGCCAUACUUACUGCAAAUGUUUUGGUUGGGGGGGAAAGGCCAAGCGUUACUUGCUAGAUAAAGCCAUGAUAGUAUUGAAUUGGUGCAGAAGUGUUGCUCAUGUAGGGUACAGGUGGCAAAUGGGCACCAAUGGUUUCUUUCUUUCUUUCUUUUUUUUUUUUUUUUUUUAUUUAUUUUUAAACAUGUUGCAUUACUGUGUCACUACGGCUAUGUUCAGACAGGGUUUACUCCCCCCCCCCAAUUCUGAUUGGUCUUCUACAUUUUGACAGGAUAUUAAUUGGAACUAAUGUGUUUCUGCAUUACAUCCUCAUGUGAGGAGAAAUACUUUAAACAUAAGCGCCUGUUUAAACAUAGCCAGUGAUGAUUGUUGUUGAUGGUUUUUGUUGUGGAAGGGAAGAGGAGGUGGGGCACGAUGGCCCACGUCAGUGCUGAAUCUCAUCAGCCUUUUAUCUAGUACAGCACUGUGGGACUAUUGGGAAAUGCCCAGUCACAUAUCGGAGAAAGAAAAGACGCAAAAAAAAAAAAGGAUUCAUUUCAUCUAAUGCUGAACUUGUCGGAUUUAAGAACUUUACGGUGGAGAGUCUCCACUUAAUGAGCGUUCAGCAAAGCGCUGGACUGUGUGAAGCAAUGGAGA